AAAAUCAUUCUUCAAGAGAAAAAUAUAUUUGAGAAGGUAUUAUACAUUUUCCCAUUUUGAAGAGGUAUCUUUACCUCUCCAUCAAUAGAGAGGUAAAAUUUUAUAACUACCAUAUUUGCCUUCUUUUCAUGAAAAACCAUUCUCCAAGGGAGAAGGUAUUUGAGAAUGUAUCACACUUUAUGUUUUUUUAAUGCAUUUUGUACUAUUAUUUUAUGUUUAAAAAAUCAUUUACCUUUCUAUAUAUCUUUUUUCUUUGGAGUAUGUUUCUUUUUGGAAGAGUAUAAUUUCACUUUUUGAGGAGGUAUAUAGAUGAUAUACCUCUUUUAUUUACGCUUCCUUGUUGGAGAUGCUCUUAGUAAGCAUGUAUGAUAUGAAGACCGAAGAUUGUUUUAAACAAAGAUCUUCAAAUAUGAAAAAUUAUUCUCACCAAACCUGACUUCAAAAUUGAAAAGAUGCACAAAAGAAUACGGAAAGAAGGAAUUGUCUCAAUAAUCCAUCACUUAAAAAUCAUCAAAAGUUCAAAUCCGCCAACUGUUGGGAGACUUUCUGUUUUAAUCUGCAAACUCAGUCGAGCAAGAUUAAUUUAAUUCCGAGUUUGGAAAUCAAAUUUAGUCAAUUUUUAUCAAUCAUGCACCUUAAAAAAAGAGCCGACUAAUCAUAAUUUUAAUAUCUGAUACAAAAAUAAAAUGACGUGGUUAACUAGCUAUUCGUAUUUGUUCUAAUUUAUAAAACUAAAGAAGCUUCGACUGGAUAAAUCGAACGGAUUGGAUCGUAGGUCAACCAAGAUCGACCCUACCCAAUCCGGUAAGACAAACCCUAAUCCCAGCAGAAAUCCCAAUCUAUUAGAUGCACAAAGUAGCCCGCACAGAAAAUCGUACGCACCAAACCAAACAAGCCUUAGAAGCUGCGCCUCUCUUCCUGUUCGAAACCCUAUUUGCGUGUUAACCCUACAUUUUGAAAUCUGAUUUUCGAGCUCAUCGGAACUGUAGGAUUAGGGAGUAAAUAAAUUACGAUAUACAGUAUAAUCUGAUAUUCGCCUGUUCGAUUGAUAAUCUCGCGGUACACUCACAUAUAGUUCGGAUUAUUUUUUCUUUUUUUUAAGAAUUUUAUCAAAUCACGGCUUACUUUGUUCGAUCAACAAUCUCGCGGUAGACUCACUUAUAGUUCGGAUUAUUUUUCCUUUUCUUUAAGAAUUUUAUCAAAUUACGGCUUGCUUUGGUUUUCAUUUGUUGUUCUGGAAGCAGUAAUUGUUGAUUGGUUUCGGGAAAUCCAGUCCCGAAAAUCAUCGGCGAUUUGUUGCAUUUGGGCUUCAGAUUUUCGAUCGUUGAGGAGGGUUUUUGAUUUACGCCCAGUGCAAUUUUUGAUUUACGCCCGGUGCAAAAUGGUUGGUGGUGGGAAUAGGAGGGAUGAGGGAUCGUUUACCGUGAGCAACACCAAUGUUUUUGCGGCGCUGGAUACUUUGAGGAAGAAGAAGAAAUCUGACAAAGAUAAGGGUUCGUCCAGGGGGAGUAAGAGCUCCACUAAGAGUGGCGCUGCUUCUGGAAAAUCAAAAGCAGAGGAAAAGCCGGUGUACUGGGCUCCGGCACCAUUGACAGUGAAGUCGUGGGCGGAUGUGGAUGAUGAGGAUGAUGAUGAUUACUAUGCCACCACGGCUCCUCCCCAGGCGAUGUGGGGUAGUUCCGGUUCGAAUAAAGUGGAUGAAACAGAGAAACAAGAUCAUUUGGAGGAAAGUGAGAGUGAAGAUGAGCUUCUUGAUGAAGGUGAUGAUGAUGUAGAUGAGGAGCCUGAUCAUGAAACAGAGGUUGGAGAACCUUCUGAACCGGUAGUCGAAACACAGGUUGAACAAUCUCCAGCACCUAGGGAGACAGAAAGACAACUUUCCAAGAAGGAGAGAAGAAAAAAGGAGCUUGCUGAAUUAGAGGCCAUUUUAGCCGAUUUUGGAGUAAACCCUAAAGAGAAAGCUGAAGAUGUAACAACUGACCCAAACAAUGAUGGGAAAGAGGUGCAACUGAAUGGAGUUGCAGAGAAGAAAGACAGUGCUGCACCUGCUGAAUCCAAAAGUGCCAAGAAGAAGAAGAAGAAGGAUAAGGCCUCCAAAGAGGCAAAGGAAUCUCAGGACCAGCCUAAUACCUCAGAUGCUCAUAAUGAACAAGAUGAGGCUGAACAUGUGGAGGGAGACACUUCUGCUGUUGAUGUGAAGGAGCGGCUCAAGAGGGUGGCGUCUGCUAAGAAAAAGAAAUCGAACAAGGAGGUUGACUCUGCUGCAAGAGCUGUUGCUAUGGAGGCUGCAGCACGGAGCGCAAAACUUGCGGCUGCCAAAAAGAAGGAGAAGAACCAUUAUAACCAGCAGCCAAUCCGGUAAGAGAAAAUUGGAGCUUUGAAGCUCUGAUUGAAUGGAGAUAGAUGGAUUUCUGUGGUUAAUAAACUCCGAGCUCUUGCCCUCUAGUUUUGUAGUGGAUGAACUUCAAAUAUAAUUUUACAAAAAUGUUUCUUUAUAUUUUUUCCGAUUUAAAUUGAGAAACCGUUGUAUUUGGUACUUGCUCGUUAGAUCAGAUGUAUUAUACAAUACUCUUCUUGCUGUGUAUCUACCGCUCUCUUCAGUUUUAAAGAGUGCUGAAACUUUCUGAUGAUUUUUCUUGUGAUUUCAAACACAUCUUUAGGCUUA